AUGGAUUUGCUAAGAGAAAGAGCACAAGAUAUUCGUAAUCUAUAGAACAACCAAGUCUAAAUUAAGUAAAUAAGUAUGCUCCAAAAUUUGAUUUUCUGAGUAUAGGGAGAAGAUUAGAUAAAUAAUCGAAACUGAUUCCAUGAACCAAUUAUAUUAAGCCAAAAAGCUUAAUUAGAAUGAUCUAUUACAAUUUCAAGAGGCCAUUAAAUUCAUACUUAAAAUAAUUGCAGUUAAUUUUGAAGUUAAAUGACAUUUAUUAUAAUUAGUUACUUAAUUUAGAACCGACGUUGGCUUCAACAACUAAAAAUUUAAUUGAUCUUUAUUUAUACUAUGGUUUACCUUCUAAAGCAGAUCAAUUAUAAAAUGAAAUAUAUAAUCAGAGUAAACAAUCCAUAUUUUUAAUUUUGUUAUAACAUUUAAUAGACAUAACAAGAAUGGCCUUAGAAUUCACAAUCAAAAGAUAAACUAAUUUAAGAAUCUUUUGUGUAGGAAAAGAAAUCGAUAAGAAAAAAUCAACAUCUAACCCUCCAAAAAGAUUGAAUUUUAAGAGUGUACAAAGGAGUGAAUCAAAUACAUAAGAGAAAGUAAUAUAAUCUAAAUAAUCUAUACAUCAUUUUGAAACAUAAUCACCAAAUGAAUCUCCAGCAAAGACUUAAAGAAUUUUAGAAGAAAUUUAAGCAACUUCUAGAGACAAUUCUGUUAUAAGAUGUCAUCAAAUAAGAUAAACUGAAAUAAUUACUAAAACUCUUUUGCCAAGUAUUUAUUAACCAAAAUUUAAUUAAUAAUCUCUCUUUCGAUAACUAAAAUAAAGAAACCUAAGCAUUUAAAAUACUAUUUAAUCCUACAUUAAAUAAAUUAAUGACAAAAAUAUUACUGAUUUAUGA